UACUACAAGCUUCUGCGAUUCUCAUCCAUGGCUUCCAUGAAUGUAGAGAGUCCAAUCAACGGUACUGAUUAUCCCAACGGCCAUAACCGGCCAUCUCCAACGACCACAACCGAUGGGAGGAGCAAAGCCAUCAAAUGGUCACUCCUCCUACUCAAUAUCUUCUUCACGGCCGUCGGCACGAUCGGUGGUCCACUCCUCCUUAGGCUUUACUUCAUCCAUGGAGGUGGUCGUCGAUGGCUCUCCAGCUGCUUGCAGAAUGCCGGCUUCCCUAUCUUGUUCAUCCCUCUACUGAUCCUGUACGCACGUGCCCGUGCCCAAGGAGUCCCACCUUCCAAGUUCUUCAUCGAGCCCAAGCUCUUCUUCGCAAGCGCUGUUAUCGGCGUCCUGCUAGGAUUUGAUAACUUCAUGUAUGCGCUUGGGUUAUCUUACAUUCCAGUAUCCACUUCUGCUCUCUUAUUCGCCACUCAAUUAGCUUUUACGGCGAUCUUCGCAUUGCUCAUCGUCAAGCACAAGUUCACGCCUUACUCUAUCAAUUCAGUGAUUUUGAUGACUCUUGGGUCGAUCAUGUUGGGCCUCCACACGAAUGGAGACCGACCUGCUGGAACCUCUAAGGCGAAAUAUCUACUGGGUUUCUUCUGUACACUUGGGAGUGCGGCACUUGCAGGGUUUAUCUGGCCGAGCAUUGAGUACUGUUAUUCUAAGGCGAGUCGCCGUGUCAAUUUCACUACUGUGUUGCAAUUUCAGCUAGGCGUGGCAGUUUUUGCAACGAUCUUCAGUAUCACAGGGAUGCUGGUGAACAACGAUUUUAAGGUGAUUCCAAGGGAGGCAAGGGAGUAUAAGCUUGGGAACGGGAUGUAUUAUUUCGUGCUUGUGGCGACCGCAGUUGCAUUCCAGCUAGCAUUUAUAGGAAGCCUGGGCGUGAUCUUCUGCACCACAUCACUCUUCAGCGGCGUUGUUAGUGCCGUCCUUCUCCCGCUUACACAGAUCGCUGCUGUCAUCGCCUACAAAGAGAAGUUCACUGGAGAGAAAGGCAUGGCCCUAGCACUCUCUCUCUGGGGUUUCGUCUCUUACUUCUACGGAGAGUACAGGUCCACUAAGAAUAACGAUGUCAAGCGCCUCGCCCAGGCUCAAACUCAGGCCCAGGACCAGGCCCAAGCCCAUCCAAGCCCAGUUUGAAUUACAAUACUUUGGUAGAGCAUGGUGUAUUAUACUCAUCUACACAUCACUGUACACGUGGCAUAUACGUUACCAGAUCAUGAUCUUUCAAAUUGUGGGUCCCACUAUGGAUUGGGAAUGGCUGCCGAAAAUCACACUAUUUAAUCGUCUAUGAUGAUCAUGACUCUUUGAUUGAGUACCGUCAGAUGGGAUGUAGGAAUGAAAAAUGUUUAACAGUCCAAGCACAUUCAACAUCCAUGGUGGGUCCUAAGAGUUGGACGGUCUGGAUUGAUGUACGUGUAUGCCAUGUGCACGGGGGAUGUGUGUAUGAGCAUGCUGCACCUCACUCUCCCUAACCAUCAUGUUAAUUCCUCCCAUGUUCAUAAUAGUGGUGAGUCAUCCACCGUACACCUCAAUAUGCUUUUAAGGCAAUCCAAACCGUUCAAAGUGAGCCCCAUUGUCGAUCAUGAUGCGAAAUUGAAAUGUAUUGGCCAAUAAUAGCCAUCCGAUUUUCCAUUCAGUUCGGGCAACUGGCCGUUCUCUUUUAACCGUCCAUUUGAAAGCCACCAAUCAGACGGUAAGGAUUGUUCGAUUAAGUGCAAUAAUGCACAAGCACACCGCAUUGUACGGUGGAUGACUCAGCGCUGCAUGGUAAAGGAACUAUCAUUGUAGUCUUUAAAAGAAGAGAUAUAUUGUUAGAUGUGGCGUAUGAGCUUUGUGUGGCUCACUUUGUCUUUGAAUCAAUAGAUAGGUAAGAUUGAUUUACACGAUGGGAAUAUAUCCAAUAAAACUACUCUCUCUGUAUACAAUAAUAGCAUUGAAAUAAAAAGGCUUGAGUUUCUGUUUGGCAAA